AUGAGUCGCCUAAUCAAUGCAUCAGCCUCAACUUUGAGGUUAAUGGGAAAAUCCACUUGCUCCAAAGUGUUGGCUAGCAACCCUAAACCUUUGCACAAUUACACCUCCAAAAGAUCAUUGGCUACAGCUGAACCAGUUGGUGAUGGUAGUGAUUUGGUUUCCAUCACUUUGCCAGAAUCAUCUUUUGAAGGUUACGACUUGGAAAUACCUUCUUUGGAAUUUGAAACUGAAAAGGAGACAUUAUUACAAAUGUACAAGGAUAUGAUUGUUAUUAGAAGAAUGGAAAUGGCAGCUGACGCUUUAUACAAGGCCAAAAAAAUUAGAGGUUUCUGCCACUUGUCUGUUGGUCAAGAAGCUGUUGCCGUUGGUAUUGAAAACGCAAUCAACCAUCAAGAUACCGUCAUCACAUCCUAUAGAUGUCACGGUUUUGCACACAUUAGAGGUGCUUCUGUUAAGUCAAUCUUGGCUGAGUUGAUGGGUAGAAGGUCAGGAAUCUCAUAUGGUAAAGGUGGUUCCAUGCAUAUGUUUACCAAAGGUUUCUAUGGUGGUAAUGGUAUUGUUGGUGCUCAAGUUCCAUUGGGUGCUGGUUUAGCUUUUGCUCAAAAAUAUAGAGGAGAGAGAUCAGUUUGUUUUGAUCUUUAUGGUGAUGGUGCUUCAAACCAGGGUCAAGUGUUUGAAGCAUUCAACAUGGCCAAGUUGUGGAACUUGCCGGUCAUUUUCGUCUGUGAAAACAACAAAUAUGGUAUGGGUACCGCUGCUGCCAGAAGUUCUGCUAUGACCGAGUACUACAAGAGAGGUCAAUACAUUCCUGGAUUGAAAAUCAAUGGUAUGGAUGUUUUGGCUUCUUACCAAGGUGCCAAAUUUGCCAAGGACUGGGCAUCUCAAGGUAACGGACCAUUAGUUUUAGAAUACGAAACUUAUAGAUAUGGUGGUCAUUCCAUGUCUGAUCCAGGUACCACGUACAGAACUAGAGAAGAAGUUCAGCACAUGAGAUCUCGUAAUGAUCCAAUUGCAGGAUUAAAGGCUGUUUUAUUGGACAAAAACAUUGCCACUGAGGAUGAAGUCAAGGCAUACGACAAGGCUGCUAGAAAAUACGUUGAUGAACAAGUUGCUGCAGCUGAGGCUGAUGCUCCACCUGAAGCUAGAAUGGACAUUUUAUUCGAAGAUGUUUAUGUCAAAGGUAGUGAGGUUCCAGUAUUGAGAGGAAGAAUUUCUGACGAUUCAUGGGAUUUCAAAAAGAAUGAUUUCUUGAAUAAGGUGUAUUAA